CGUAGUGUGGUGAGGAAUUGAAGCUGCAAACUGUCUGAGUAAAGCACUGACUGAGGAGUUCCCUGCACCGUCUAUUGAUUGACUCCUUGUAAAAGACAAGUUUAGAUCAGUUCAGCAAUGUGUGGUUACUGACGAGAGGAUGAUCCCACUGACAGAGUUGAAACAGUUCGCAGACCAGCAACCAGCAUUCCGGGUGCUGAAGCCCUGGUGGGAUGUAUUUACAGAGUAUAUCUGUGUGGCAAUGUUGAUGAUCGGGGUCUUCGGGUGCACGUUGCAGGUAACACAGGACAAGAUUAUCUGUCUCCCUGGGCCGGUAUCGACACACUCUCUAAUCCCGAUCAAUUGCUCAGAGUUCAUGUUGCAAGUAAAGCCCUCGGAGAGCUCAACACAGGAACUGAAUGGAGUAAAGACCAACCUGGACCUUCAGCAGUACAGCUUUAUUAAUCAGAUCUGCUACGAGAAAGCUCUUCACUGGUAUGUCAAGUACUUCCCCUACUUGGUGCUCGUCCACACCCUCACUUUCAUGAUCUGCGGGAGCUUCUGGUUCAAGUUCCCCGGGACCAGCUCCAAAAUCGAGCACUUUGUCUCCAUCCUGGCUAAGUGCUUCGACUCGCCAUGGACCACCCGGGCUCUGAGCGAGGUGUCCGGUGAGAAGGCGGGCCAGCGGGACCAGUCGGGGAACCUGCCAGCUGGCUUCAGCUCCGGCUCUGGAGCUGAGUCCGGUGGACCAUCCGAGGAACAGGCCGGCUCGGGGGAACCCCCACUGGUGGCAGACAAGGGGAGUGAGAGCACCCUGGACAAGCAGGAGGGCGAGCAGGCCAAGGCCUUGUUUGAAAAGGUGAAGAAAUUCCGCCUGCACGUGGAGGACAGUGACAUCCUUUACUUCAUGUACAUCGGACAGACAAUUGUCCGGGUCAUCAAGUUCAUCCUGAUCAUCCUUUACCACGCCUUGUUGGUUCUGAAUAUACACGUCGUGGUGCCCUGCACCGUUAACAUCGAGGAUGUGACUGGUUACCGUCAUUUUUGCUGUAAUCACACAAAGGCCCACCUCUUCUUCAAACUUGCCAUUUGCUACAUCUGUUUUGUUUGUGGGUACGGCUGCACCUGCCUGUACACGCUGUACUGGCUCUUCUACCGACCUCUCAAGGAAUAUUCCUUCGAGUAUGUGCGGCAGGAGUCAGGUAUCAGCGACAUUCCAGACGUGAGGAAUGACUUCGCCUUCAUGCUCCACCUGACCGACCAGUACGACGCACUCUAUUCCAAGCGGUUUGCCGUCUUCCUGUCUGAGGUCAGCGAGAACAAGCUGAUGCAGCUGAAUCUGGACCGUGAAUGGUCAACCGAGAAGCUGCGGCAGAGGUUGCAGAGGAACCUGGCCCACCGCCUCGAACUGCACCUCCUCAUGGUGCCCGCUCUGCCCGCCGCCACCUUCCACUUGACCGAAAUCCAGGCUCUGAAACUCGAGCUCAGUGCCGACCUGGAGUUGCCACCGGCCACGACGCAACUCAUCCACCUGCAGGAGCUAUCGCUGCUCAACUGCCCCGUGCGACUCCACCAGGCCGCCUUGGACUUUCUGAAGGAAAACCUCAAAGUCCUUCAAGUACGUUUUGACAGCCUCCAGGAGUUUCCCCUCUGGGUGCCCAGUAUGGAAAAUGUGGAGGAACUCAGCCUGACUGGAUCUCUCACUCAGGAGGGUGCCAAGUGCUUCAUUCUGGAUUCUCUCUGCGAGCUUCACCACCUCAAGACCCUGUACCUGAAAAGCAACGUAGCCAAAAUCCCUCCGUGUCUGGCAGACCUGUCCAGCCAUCUCCAGAAGUUGAGCAUCCACAAUGAUGGCACCAAAUUCAUGGCAUCAAACAUCUUGAAAAAACUGCUGCAGCUCAGAGUCUUGGAACUGGUGCAGUGCGAGCUGGAGAGGAUCCCUCACACUGUGUCUAGCCUGGUGAACCUGGAGGAGCUGAAUUUGAAGGAGAACCAUCUCCGGUCCAUUGAGGAAAUCCUCUGCCUCCAACACUGCCAGAAGCUAACCUGUCUGAAGCUGUGGUACAAUCACAUCAUCUACAUCCCUGAACACAUCAAAAAGCUGAGCUCUUUGGAGUGCCUCUAUCUCAAUAAUAACCAGAUCGAGGACAUACCACCUCAACUCUUCUUGUGUAACAAGCUCCGACACCUUGACCUCUCCCACAAUCGCAUCAGAUCAAUCCCACCAGAAAUAGGGGUCCUCCAGAACCUCCACCACUUCUCUGUGUCCCACAACUCUAUUGAGUCCCUGCCUAACGAGCUCUUCUUCUGUAAGAAGCUGAAAGCCUUGAAAGUCGCCCACAAUGACCUGAUUGCCCUCUCACCCAGAAUUGCUGGCCUGCCCCUGCUUGCAAGGCUGGAACUGAAGGGCAACCACUUGGAAGUAUUGCCCCCUGAGGUCGGACAGUGCACCAGCCUGAAGCUCGGAGGCCUGAUCGUGGAGGAGUCUCUGUUCCAGACACUCCCCUCAGAUAUCCGAGAGACGAUGGAGGGUGACUGAGUCUAAGAUGGUGGCUAGCACUGAUUUAAGGAUCAGUGAAGGAAAAUCAGAGCUGGUCAGGAUAAAGCUGAAAUGGUUUGGGAGGUUGAAUUUAUACCAGUUUGCUGGAAAGAUAGAAAAAGAAACUGGACACUGGAUAAUAAUGGAAGCAUGGUUUAGUGAUUUAAUUAGUGGGGUACCUCUCACUGCAGUAUUCCUGAAUAUUGGGUCAUUCGAACUAUCUGGCAUAGGGCUUCGUUCUCCCACAGUCUGUCUAAGACAGCUAUAACACAGUAAAUGGUGGAAAUGUUCCAUUGACAGUGGUCCUUCGCACCCAUCUGAGAUUCCAGUUGGAAUGUAGAAUCUGCAACGCAUUUUAUAACUUUUUAUUGUUAAUUUCAUAUGUUAUUUAAUAUAAUAAA